UCUUUUAAGACAUGAGCCAAUGGACUUUUUUACUGUUUAAACAAAAUGGAUGAGAAGGUGGAAGUUGCUGUAUCCGUCUCCAGCGACAAUAAAAAGCUUAAGGAUGAGGGUAUACAGGUAGCUGACACCCUCGCCAAUUCCCAUGAAAAUACCUUGUCUAAACAGAAGCUUCUUGUGGUGUUUUCUGCCAUGUCCGUAUCUUUAUUCCUAAGUUUUGUUGACCAAACAGCUAUAACAGUGGCUCUUCCAUACAUAGCGGAGGAACUUGAUGCAGAGAAUACAAUAUCGUGGGCCGGGACUGCCUCCUUGAUCAGCACCACUAUGUUCAUGGUUCUUUUUGGUAGAUUCAGUGACAUUUUCUCCAGGAAAUAUGUCUUGAUAGGAUGUCUAUUGGUACUUGCAGUAUUUGAUCUUGCUUGUGGAUUUGCACAAACACCUUAUCAAUUGUUCAUAUUCAGGGGGUUUUGUGGCAUUGGAAAUGGAGGUGUCACUUCUUUGACUAUGGUGAUUGUUUCGGAUAUAGUCACUUUGAAAGAAAGGGGGAAGUACCAAGGUAUAUUGGGAAGUUUUGUAGGAUUGGGAAACGCACUUGGUCCAAUUUUGGCAUCUGCCUUCAUUAGUCAUCUUUCUUGGAGAAAGUUCUACUACAUGAUGUUCCCUAUAGGAAUUUUAGCGGCUGCAAUUAUUUUCUGGCUAGUGCCAUUCACCAGACCACAGAUGACAUUGAAGGAGAAGCUUGCAAAAAUAGACUAUCUUGGGUUUUUCUUCAGUUCAGUUGCUAUCAUAUUCAUUCUUAUUCCAGUCAGUGGUGGGGGGACAUACUACUCUUGGUCAAGUCCUUUGGUGAUUUCUUUCUUGGUCAUAGGUGGAGUAUCUGGAAUGAUGUUUUUCUUUGUCGAGAAGAAAAUCGCCUUUUUACCCAUGAUCCCAUUGAACUUAUUCUCCACUAGGAUGUCUUUAACAUGUUUGUUAUUGCAGAACUUUUUCUUCGGAAUGUGCUACUUUGGGCAUGUAUACUAUUAUCCGUAUUUCUUUCAAAUAGUGAGAAGGUACAGUGCAAUAAAAGCAAGUGUACAUCUAUUGGCAUUGGUGCUACCACAGUCGACAACUUCUGUUAUUUGUGGGCAGGUAAUAUCUCGUACUGGUCAUUAUAUUUAUGUGGUUUGGUAUGGAUAUAUAGCAUGGACCUUGGGUGUAUGCCUAUUGUGUCUUUGGGGACCAGAUGCUAACCAGGCAAAAAUUAUUAUACCCUUGAUUCUUAACGGGUCUGGAGUAGGUGCUAUCUUCCAGCCAACUUUAGUGGCUGCCCAAGCACAGUCAUUCAAGAGAGAUAGAGCUACUGUGAUAUCUGCCAGAAAUGUUUUAAGAUCAUUUGGGGGUGCCGUUGGUUUGGCAGUUGCUUCGACUAUCAUAGCUAACAGUUUUUCUAAACAUUUAUCAUUGGGGGGUGAUCUUUUCACAUCCUCCGAGAUCAUAGGGUUAAAGUCCCAGGUGUAUUCAUCUUUGUCUUUGGACAGUUACUCGAAAGAUCAAAGUGAAUUUUUGAUAGAGGCAUACAUGUCUUCUUUGAAGAAUGUAUUUUACUUCUGGAUGGGGUCAAUUUCUCUUUGCUUGGUUUCCAAUGUUGUUGUUAGGGAUAGAGGAUUAGAACCGUUGGACGAACAGUCAGCAGAACACAAAACACUAUAAAUAUGAUCAUAUGCCCAGUUCAUCGUUGAAGUGGUUUUCGUAAGUGGCAAAUAACAAAUGUUUGAUCAGCUCCUACCAUGCAUUAUGUUGGGCAGCACAGACCUCGGGGGAGGUCAAAGAUGUUGAGUUUUAUAAGAUUAUAGAAUAAAAAAUAGAUAUUCGAUGACCAGGUUGUCAAUGAAGGGACCCACCAGACAAAUUGGCCAUA